CACACUUCCCGUAGCGCUGACAUUUUCUAGUGGUACAGUCAGAGAGCUUGAAUUAAGAAAUGGACAGUAAAAGGGUCCAUGCGCCUUUACCUGACCUUCCUACUCAAGGGAAAAAUGAUGAUGAAGAUGAGGAAAAGGUUUUUGGGAAUAUUUUUGCAGAACUGGAAUCUGUGGAUCUUCCGCUGGGAACCACAAUGAGAUCAAUCUACGAUGACCAGCCUAAUGCCCACGUACGCUUCAUGGAAAAGCUGGAUGCCAGGAUAAGAAAUCAUGACCGUGAGAUUGAGAAGAUGUGCAAUUUCCACCACCAAGGCUUUGUGGAUGCUAUCACAGAGCUCCUCAAAGUCCGCAAUGAUGCAGAGAAACUUAUGGGCCAAGUGACGGACACGAAUCGAAGACUACAGGAAGCUGGGAGAGAGGUGACGGCUCAAUCCGGGGAGGUGAUUCGCUGUCGCGUCCAGCAGAGGAACAUGGCCACAACUGUGGAGAAACUCCAGCUCUGCAUACCAGUGCUCGAAAUGUACAGCAAGCUUAAGGAGCAGCUGGAUUCCAAAAGACACUAUGCUGCACUGAAAACCAUGGAACAACUGGAGAAGAUCUACAUCCCUCGAGUCCGCCAGUAUAGGUUCUGUCAAAUCAUGGCUGAAAACCUGCCCAGACUGAGGGAGGAGAUAAAGGAGAUCUCCAUGUCUGACCUCAAGGACUUCCUGGAGAGCAUAAGAAAACACUCGGACAAAGUUGGAGAGACCGCCAUGAGACAGGCGCAACAACACAGAACCUUUAACAGUGCGGUAGCAAAGCAGGCCAGCGUGGGACACUACACUAAGCCUUUGUACUCCCUCAAUGGUCAAACACACACGCACAACAGUCUCCAGAUUGACGAUGACGCAGAAGAUGAGGAUGACGCUGAUGAGGAGAUUCUUGCAGCUCAGGAUCUUGUGGACUUCUCACCUGUGUACAGGUGUUUACACAUUUACGCCGUGCUGGGAGAUCGAGAAACCUUUGAGAAUUAUUAUAGGAAACAGAGGAAAAAACAGGCCAGGCUAGUUCUGCAGCCUCAGGCAAACAUGCAUGAAACCGUGGAGGGCUACAGAAGAUACUUCAAUCAGAUAGUAGGGUUCUUUGUUGUGGAGGACCACAUUCUCCAUGCCACUCAAGGGUUGGUGACCAAAGCUUUCACUGACGAACUGUGGAAUAUGGCCCUAUCGAAGAUCAUCGCCGUGCUCCGCACACAUUCGUCAUAUUGUGAGGAUCCAGACCUGGUCCUGGAGCUGAAGAACCUCAUCGUCAUAUUUGCGGACACGCUGCAGGGUUUUGGUUUCUCUGUGAAUCGACUAUUUGACCUGCUGUUUGAAGUCCGAGACCAGUACAAUGAAACUCUUCUGAAGAAGUGGACGCUGGUGUUCAGGGAGAUCUUCGAAUUGGACAACUAUAGUCCCAUACCAGUGGAAACAGAAGAUGAGUAUAAACUGGUCGUCGGCCGCUUCCCAUUUCACGAUGCCGAAAUAGAAAAGCAGGAUUUCCCCAAGAAGCUGCCAAUGUCCCAGUCUGUGCCCCAGAUAUAUAUGCAAGUCAAAGAAUUUAUUUACGCCAGCCUCAAGUUCUCCGAAUCCCUUCACCGCAGUUCAACGGAGAUCGAUGAUAUGUUGCGGAAAUCAACGAACCUGCUACUGACAAGGACACUCAGCAGUUGUCUGCAAAACCUCAUCAAGAAGCCACAUAUAGGGCUGACUGAGUUGGUGCAGAUCAUCAUCAAUACCACCCACCUGGAGCAGGCCUGUCGGUAUCUUGAGGAAUUCAUAACAAAUAUCACCAACGUCUCUCCUGAAACGGUCCACACGACAAGACUCUAUGGCUUGUCCACAUUCAAGGAUGCCCGUCAUGCUGCAGAAGGAGAAAUCUAUACCAAACUGAACCAGAAAAUUGAUGAGUUUAUCCAACUGGCAGAUUACGAAUGGAGUAUGGCUGAGUCUGAUGGUCGGGCCUCAGGUUAUCUGAUGGACCUUAUCAAUUUCCUACGAUCCACAUUUCAAGUCUUCACACACCUCCCGGGAAAAGUGGCCCAGACAGCUUGCAUGUCAGCCUGCAAGCAUCUGUCCACAUCACUGAUGCAGAUGCUCCUGGACACGGAACUGAAGCAAAUCAGCAUGGGCGCCAUCCAGCAAUUCAACUUAGAUGUUAUUCAGUGUGAAUUGUUUGCCAGCUCAGAGCCGGUCCCGGGCUUCCAAGGAGACACACUGCAACUGGCUUUUAUCGACUUAAGACAGCUCCUGGAUCUAUUCAUGGUGUGGGACUGGUCAACUUACCUGGCGGAUUAUGGUCAGCCGACUUCCAAGUACCUUCGAGUAAACCCAGCCACAGCCCUGACUUUACUCGAGAAGAUGAAGGACACCAGUAAGAAGAACAAUAUCUUUUCUCAGUUCAGGAAGAACGACAGAGACAAACAGAAACUGAUCGAGACGGUGGUCAAACAGCUAAGGAGCCUGGUCAAUGGCAUGUCCUCCUAGGAUCACACGCAGGUACCCGAAGCAAUGAAUGAAGUGAGGAAUAUCCAAGCACAUCGUUUGACUACACAGGGCCUGAUUAACAUCAUGUUUGCACACACUUGAUUGCUCACUCCGAUCGAUUGGACCUAGCAUUGCCGAUCACGCAAAAUUGCAUCCCGGUUCUUUUUUUGGCGCGUUCUGGGAGGAGUCUUUGGAGGGAUGACGAUUCAGCCGGCCAUAGGCAAAUGGAUGAAUUCAGCAUCAGGACCUACCAUCCCAGAGCAGUUUUCCAUCAAUUGAAUUCCACCAGACUUUUCAAAGGAGGACGAUUGGGCUUGCAAGAUUAGACACAAAGUCAAUCGACUCCUAAUAGUGUAUCAACAAAAUGACAUGACUCAAUACUCCACCCAAAUAUCAUGCAGAUUACCAAGAUCCAUUUACUUGGAGAGUAUUGCUGCUAUAAUAACAAUACAAACUUGUUUAUUUUUCAUAUUUCAUAUAGAAGGGUGAAAUGAUCAUUACUCCGGAGAAAGUGAGUGGGAUAAUGACGUUCAUUGGGAAAGUGUGCUCUCUUGCUCCCAAAAUAGAAAAUGUUGAUUGAUUGCAAAGCUCAUAAACGUGGGUUAGAAGAAUGUGCUAAGAAGAAUGUUCUGUUUUUAAUGUCAAUUAUGUACAAAAAAAAUGGACGAUGAUGUUUUGAGGGACAGAUGUUCAUUUAAAAAAAAAUGGCCUUUUUAUUGUUUUGUUUUUUACCUGGGUUUUAAACUUGCUGCCAAAUUGAGUUUUUUUCUGUUUGAUUACAAAAUGGGGCUUUAUUAAUGAUUCAAAGGGAGUCUUACAUAUUUUCUUAUUCUGAGCAUUACAGUUGUUUUGGUUUUUUUAACCUAGGGACAAAACAGUGUGUUCUCAUAAAGACUGCCAAGAUUCCAAAGAACUCAGUCACCGCUUAGGCAGAACUGAUGGUGAAGGUUGAAGAUGUAAGAUUUAAGGCUUUAAAACUGAAAUAGCAACUACAUCUAAAUUAAAAAAAAUAAAAAAAGUUUUAAAUCCAAUAGGAUCACAGACUUGAAGAAACUGUUGAAUAAUAACUGUAUUUCUGGUUUAAAAUUGUCCUAAAAAUACUUUUAAUUUAACAUGGAUUCUUCAUUCACUGAGUCUUAAAUCGCUUUCUAUCAAAUUUAGUUCUGCACAUGCGCUUUUUUUUUUUUUUCCUUUCUUCUAAUGAACCGUUCUAUAAACAUCAAAUUGAACAUUUUGAUUCAGUUAACAAAAAAAAAAAAACAGGCUUGUAAUGCUCAACCAUUUUCUGGAAGCGCAGCUCACUAUUAUAACAAUUGUUUUUUUGGACCAUUCGGUGUGUGUGUGUGUUGUUACUCCCCCAAUUGUAAUGUUCUAUAAAUGAUGUAUACUUGUAUAUUUAAGAAUUGAAAAAUCUUUUAAAUUUGACAUUUUGAAUUGUCUAUCUUUGUUCCUCAGGGGGAAAAUGAGGCUUUUGAAUCUGUAAAUUCAUAAAGCACAGCAAUAAUGACUUGGCUUCUCUACAGCCUUGUUGGCAGGUUUCUUGCUCAAACCUGUCUGCUGAUGAUUAUCAUUUUUUCUUAUCCUUAUUCUGUGCUCUCAGUAUAUUUUUACUGUGACAUUUGGCUUCGUUUUUCAAUUAUAUUUUGCAUAUUUAAUUGUUGUCCAAAAUGAUUGGACCAGUAUGGCCAAAUACUUAAGUUUACCUUUUGGUUAAAAGAUCAGUACGAGACAACCAAUCAGCAUUUCAGCUUUUAUUUCCAGGUAGCUUUUCUCAUCAAUUUGCAUUUUUUGUUUGAUCAUACCCAUUUAUCAUGAGCAAAAAUAUUGGAACUUUUUUUUAUUUUUUUUGCUGAGAUUAUUUUACAUUCUAUUGAUACUUGUGCUUACCUAUUAAUUUGCUUCCGUUAGAUUUAGUCUAUAAUGUAAUAUCAAUUCAGAACUGUAAAUGUAUGCUAAUGUACGGAAAUAAAAGUUAAUAUACUGGU